AGUCAAUAUUGAUCAACAGAACUAGGUGUUAGAGUGAAGAUCAUCUUCUCUGUGUAAGGUGGCUUUUAAGAGUUGGAAAAAGUAAGACAAAAAUUGACAUAAGCAAGAAGUUUCUGCUUAGUCUUGAAAUAAAGAUUUGGCGUUCGUGCUCUGUCUCCGCAGCGUUCCCUUUGUGGAGUUACUUAGUACGUUGGCGUUCCUGGACCUACGUUAACGUUUCUGGACCAAUCCUGCUGUCGUCGCCCCACCGAGAAAAGUACGAAAAGGCAGCUGUCGAGGAAAUCCGUCGAUCCCGUUUUGCCGAUUUCUUUCAAGAGGCCACAGAAGUUUCAGGAUCCGCCUUGCUCGUCAAUACCAAGAAGACCCCAGCAGCAGGACAAGAUGUCUGCCCUCAAACGAUUUGAAGAGCGAUGGCGUACCGGAAAAGGUGGCUCCGGGGUGUCUCAAGAGCACCUUUUCGAAUGCCACAAGGCCUUGAAACAACACUUGGAAGCAUCUGGUGAACAUGUCGACUUGCCGCAGCUCUACUGCAUCCUGUUGGGAGAUCAAGGUGUGGGAAAGACUACCUUCAUGACGCGCUUGACGCAACAGGUAUCAUCCACUAAUGUCUAUAUCAUCCUUUUCACUUCACCAGGCGUUUUUUGCACUGAAAGAUAUGGAGCCUCUACAGUUAGAAUUAGAAAGCUUCAUCUUAUUAAAGAUACAAUUUUUGUUCACGUUCAUCUUUGUUUCGUGAGAGUGAGACGAGUUUUAUUCGAUUCGAACAUUUGCAUCAGAAGACGGGGAAUCAGAUAGUACGAAGUAGGUUGUUUAUUCCAAAGUUGCCAAGAAGUUGAUGAAGUUCUGUCGUAAUGUGUUAUAAUGCUUAAAAAGUCAUGCCUUUAUCUUCGUUGGCGAAUUCGUCCUACUUCAAAGAUUGACAUGUCAAACAACUCCUACAGGUUUGUUUCCCCUUGCGCAUGGAGCAAGACCACGAUAAUCGCAAUCCAAAUUCCAUGAAGCGUGCAGUGAAGACUCCGAUUCUGUGCGAGGUUAAAAGUGGCCAGGAAAACGUUGCUUCGCUGACGUGCGGAUCCACGCGCAAAUUAGAUCGUGUCCCAAUUUCAGCAUUGGCAAAUGAGUUGCAUAAUUAAGGCAAUAAUGGUUUUUUGCAAAUUUUGUCACAUGAUAGUAGGUGGGCUACGACAAAGAGGGAAAGGUGGGUAUGGACCUUAGUUCAUACCAAGCGUGUAGGCCUAAUUCUAAUAUACGAACUCAUGUAUCUUUUAACCUUCGAAUCAGCGCCAUUUUGAAAUCUGUUGCGAUGAUCAUCGUAUCCUAGUCGAAGUAGAAGUGGUACUUGAUUACAUACAAAGCAAACGCUACGUCAAGCACGGAACGGAAGCCACACCUUCUAAUAGUAAGACCAGCAACCCGAGGAUGCCGCUGCAUCCAAUUCGCAGGCGAAUCAGAUCGCGGAGGUUUCGAUUCAAACGACACAACCUACGUUUGGUCUCAAGGUCUUGGAUACUGUCGGACUUCCUCGUGGAGCUGGUGAGAAUCUGGGUGAGGCGGCUGACCUGGCAGAAAAAAUAAUCAAUGCACAGAGAGCGGCUAUUGCGAACGAGUUGCUCUCGUCCCAAACACGAGGACGCAAGUUAAGGCCAUCAUGAUGGAAGAGCAUAGAUACUGAGAUUCUCGAAAAAGUUCCAGUACGUUUUGCUGAUUAUACUAGAGGAGGUGUCGUGCUUUUAGAAUUCUUGAGUAAUAUACUUUGAUCUUGAUGCUUGUUCUUGAUGACCGGGGAUUCGCAAUUGAGCACCUAUCGUUGUACACUACGUGAAAAACAAUGAACGUUCAAAGAAACUCGUCUAAGAUGGAAGAGCAAGCCAGUGGGCGUCUUGCUACACCGCAUCGAUGUCCCGAUUGAAGAGGCCACGUGGCCCUACUCUCUCGUGGAGAACGGUCUGGCACGUUGUACAACCACUGUUAUGGUGAAGUAAAGUAAGUGCACCGCUUCUAUUGCCAGCAUAGUAAAAAGGAACUGGAAGUGCCUUCUGGCGUUUUUUCGACUCCUCCUGGAAUUUCUCACGAACGACGAACUCGAGUGGAAAGUUUUUGUCGGAUAGUUUCGUGUUAAUCUUCGUCAUCGACGUCCAAGUCAAUCUACUUUAAAGGUUUAUCUUCGAUGUCAAAGUCUUUGUGAAUGUUGUGGUUGUUUUUGUUAUCACGCGACACCUCUAACUCUAGCCAACUGGUGGUGGUGCUGACUCGCGUGGACCAAUUGCCGAUUGCCCAACUUGUGAAAUCUGUUUUGAUUCCUGAUCCCGACAACGUGCCGGCUCUGAAAAGUGGCCCUCUACCGGUUUCUCCUUAUGAGAUCGUAGCCGCGUUGCGCCAGUAUUUUCUGGACACAGCUGGGCUCCCGCCUCAGACUCAGGUCUUUUUCGUCGGUGGCUUUGGGGGAGAUUCGCAGCAGUUGCUGUACGAGGCAGGCGGUUAUCAAGGUGGAGGGUAUCAACGUACUACUACUAAUUCGUCCUCCAACAACGGUGCCCGAGGACCUGGCGCAGCUGCGGGAGCUGGUGGCCCUGCAGCCGACCAACCUGAUCAGGAAGACCGCCAAUCGAUCUUAUUUGACUCUUUUCUGAAUCACCGAAGCUGGGGAGAGGCCCAAGCAGAUGAACGCAUGCGUCGCCUGCUCUCGGUGGCGGAACGCGCACGCUGGGAAGAAUCAGGAUACAUUCAGCUACGUGAAAACACGGAACCGGAAAGAGCGCAAUUGGGUACUUCUAGUUUUUGGCAUCCGCUACUCAUUGUAGAUUCUAAGAUGAUGUUGGCAAGAGAAGAUGGGUACUGCUGGUGCAGGAGCGCUUACUUGCGUUUUCAGAUUGAGCGAUAGAUACCUUUUCGGACCUGGCCAUCGGCAUUUCGAUAUAGAGUGGAUCUUCAAUCAUGCCGAUGGAUUGACUUCUCCUCGACAAUUGAUCUAAGUCGUUGAUCCGCGUUGCCCUUACCUGAAAAUACGCUUACACCAUUGAUGCAAGCAUACUAUUCAUGUCAUUUGACCAAAGCAAUCUCAAUCCUACUGCUCAGAUGGGAUGUUGGGGAUGGAUGCUGUGGUUGCGUACUUGCAGCGCGGUCAACUCGAGGAACCCCGCAAGGUUGCAGCCGCUUGUUUGGCCACUGUCGAGAAAAAGCUGGUCGCGGCCUCUCAAUCUCGUCGAACGACUGAGCGUGACUUCCGCGCACAGGAGAAGCACAAGCUGACGGCUGACGUCCAGAAUUUGAUCAAAGUUAUGAUAACAGCUCCUGAGCAAUUUCACGACCACAAAGACGCUUUUUUUAUAAAGUCGUUGUAAUUAGAUGUAGGCCUCCACCACCUUCACGUGAGUUUGAGAUUAAAUCUCCAGCACGUCCUCUAAGAAAGAUUCCUGUGAGCGUUUUUUCUCGCUUUCGGUUGACGGAGGCUUGAACCCGCAAGACCGCGCCUUCGAUUUCUUCGAGAAGAUGGAACCCUCUUUAGGUUUUUCCUUGUCCGAGGAACGUCGUAUCUGUGAAGUUUUGACUGACAACCUCUUUCCGAACUUCCCGGAGAACGGAAAUUACGAAUCUCCGCAAAUGCUCAACCAGAAGCAGCUACAAGAAGGAAACGAUCAGGAACACGACAUGUUUGCGGAGCCAACCAGUGCGAUCCUGACCCUGAAACCAAGUAACGCGAUGUCCAACAUUCUCGAAGGUCGACAAGGUCACGGAUCAGGAGCAGCUGGUCAGGACACCACCCUUGCCCUCAAGGGUGUUGACAGCACAGACCCCUCGGACAAGUCUGAACCCCCGCAUUUGAGUGGCAGAGCGUUGGUUGUCGCACAGAAACAACACCUGUUCACUCAGCUCCGAGAGAUUUGCGGUACCGACAACGAGUCUGCCGUUAACGGCAGAAACUAUAUUUAUGAAGAAGCUGUAUCCCAUAUCAGUGCCUGUAUUUUUGUUGCUCCUGCUGAAGUUGAUCAUUGUAAUUCAAAAAUAAUGUCAUAUGAUCAGAUUAUCGAGAUUAUGUCGAUGUGAAUGCAGACAGAAAACUACUUCGAGAACGAACUGCAGCUCGUGAAGUAGACUGUCUCCUUCAAUAGAUAGUCUCGUACCUGCUCCCCGCGUCUAAUGCCUGUUGGAUGUUUUGUCCAUGCGUUCUUUGCGUGAUUACUCAUUGAUGCUGGCACUGUACCCAAAGCAGACAGUCGACACCCGUCUGUUGCUAAAGCGUGCCAUCAAGGGUCCCACUAGUCGCUCCGAAGGCGGAAACGACAUCGAGCAUGCUCUUGCGCAGCAAACCUACCGCGACUUUGCUGCGGUCUUCUACGGUGACCGCGAUCAGGGAGGGGCCAACCUGUAUGCGGCCACGCGAUUGGCCCUGAACAUUUACGUCCAGAUGGAUGCGGCUGUGAAAACGGUUUGUUUUGAUGCAGCUCCGCAAAACGUUGUCCGCACCAGUCGGAUGUGCGAAUUGCUGGCACGACAGCAGCACGACGGAAACCUGAGCGCGGGUGACUUUGCUGUGCUCGAAGAGCGUGGGAACUCUGUUGGCAGAGGCGGCAAUUUGCUUAUGCUGCUGGACUAUUCAUAAUGUAGUCGAUGGACAUGAUCAACCCAAUUUUAAGUUUUUAUCGAUGAGGCAGAUUUUUUGUAACGGAGCUCAUCGUAAUUAUCAAAUGGGCGUAUAGACAGAGGUCCACAGCAAAGACUAUGUAUAACGCCUCACAAGAUUAUAACCCAUUCUCUAUCUCUAAUUCCCUCUCCGGUGGUUGCGGAGGUUCUGGGUCUGGACACGGACCGGAGUUAAUAGGCAAUAGGGCUUCGAAUGGUCGUGACGCCGCUGCUGUGUUGCGCUCUUGCAACCGCGAAGUGUCCCGUGCUUUGCCAUUGGAUCUGCAACCACUGCGGACCGCGAAUGACGGCCAGGCUCGAACCGAGCGCGGCAAGCAGUAUUACCUUCGUCGCGUGCUGCAAGAGCGCGAAGAGAUGCGCGAUUUCUAUGGAGACGCAGACGAUUUCUUGGUACAACAGGAAGAUCAGGAUGACGAACCGUGCUGCACUACAGGACAUGGCCUUGAUGGUCUCGGUGGAGGUGGACUGAACAAGACUGGAGACAAUGUUUCUGCAUCUGCGGACAAUCAUGAAGGCGGUGCAUCAUCGUGUACUGGCAAUGACCUCCCGACUCCAUGGGCCGACGUGCGUGCGGUGCUGCAUUACUUCUUCUUCUAUCGGCCGCGAGAGGAAGUGCGCGCUAGACUGGAUGAGGUGACUAGGGGUGUGGGAAAGACGCUCACGCCUCAGGGCUCCCUUUUGUUGCAACACGUUGGCACUUUUUUGUACCAAAAUCCGACUUACAUGCAAGAAUGGUCCGAGCACUACCCGAGAAGUAGCUACUCGCAGCUUUUCGCCGACAUUGGCAUCUCCGAGCACCAGGAUCGCGAUGCGGCAGACGCAGGAGCUGAGGGAAGUGGAGAUGCACUGGAGGACGAACAAGCCCGCAAAGCGGCCGACCGCGAGGCACGCCGCGAGGCCCGACGACAGCGUGAGCGUGAGCGCAUCGCUCAAGAGGCAGAAGCUAACAUUACGGCCAAGUAAUACAAUUAGGCUUUUCUUCUACAACUCGAACUCGUAAUCAGUUCUCACUCUUGUUCGCAUUUUGAGAUAGAAUGAAUGAGACUAUGAGUAUGAAAACACUGUGGUACAAGAAGCAAACAAGAAGCAAACAAGGAAGAAGCGAUACCCAGGUGGAUCUAAUUUUUGUAGCGGUGGCGGACGCAACAGCAUUGUGAGCGCGCGUGGAUCCCGGAGUAAAUCGUCGCGUAGUCGCCGCCAUUCUACGAUUGCAGAGAAUGAGUCGGAUAUUUUCGAUGCUGAAUCGACCUCCUUGGACAGCAGUGGGCGUGGCGUCGAUUCAGAAGCAACCACGGUAGCAUCAAGGCCUUCCUCUCGACGCGAACGAGGCCGCUCGGUUGACGGCCUUGGCGAGGACGGAGAAUCGACGAUAGAUGAAAAACGAUCCAGUAGGUCGAAGUUAUGACAAAUCGUUGUUCUCUCCUACGUCUGGGAUGAAAACAUCAGGAUCAUGCAACCCUGUCACCUAGUACUGAAAGUACUGUUUUUUAUUUUCUGGGCGCACAUCUUUUCCUAUGAAUAUACUUAGAUGUAAUUGAUGUACUUCCAAUAAGCGCUGUUCCUGCUCGCUUCUUCCUCUAAUACCAAGUGCCGGAGCCACCUCUUCGCGCCGUUACUCAACAUACCCAGACGUCCUCUGUCCGAACUAUUACACUUGGUACAACCAAUACGAGCGCAAUCGUCCAUUCUCGAAGGGUGAGCUGGCUCGUCACGUUGCUGCUGAGAAGGUUAUGGCAUGGUCCGCUUGUUGUAAGUACUUGAAGGAACUGAGACGACUUCUACUCCAUUUCCGGCCUGUAAUACUACCGAUAACAAUCUUCUUUACGUAGUUAAUACGAGAUCUACCACUAGAACAGAGAAAUCAUGAUCGGAGUGUUCACUCCUCUAAGCACUCUCGUCAACUUGUUACGCCUCGUGAUGCGGCUCAAGUGAUUGCGCGCGCUUUGACUGCCAACGUGUCACCGUUCCACGUGACACGCCCUGACAAUUUGGCGAUGCCCAACACUGCAAUUGUCGAGGAGCAACCUUUCUCUGAACGCAGUAUGUCCUUCGUAUACCAGAGAAACCUCUCGGAAGGCAUGGUGCAGAGCGUCAACGCAGCGCUCUGGCUGGCAGCGGAGGCCCUCGCGCCUUUCAAAUCGCCAGACGCUGGCAAGACACUCGAAAAAAUGUGCCAGGAGGGGUACAUCUGGGUUAUUUAGAAGCUUCAUGUUGAUCUUGAUCCGUCACACUCACGUUUAGGAUUCGCUGUAAACUUUUCUUUUACAACCACGACUGCCAUUCCUUUUUAUUAAGAGGAUUUCGUAGUAGUUAUAGUUUUCAGUUCUUUCACCUGCUUUAGCUACAAGUUCUCAUAAUCUUCAGUUUUAUGCCAAAAUGAUACUUAUUCCAGGUUGAUGUCUUUGUACCUGGGCUACCGUAAGCCCUUGCCUGCAGCGGAGCGACCACACGAGCUGCUGUUUUUGUCUCUUGAUGUGGUAAUUCCGGUUUUGUACCGCUUUCGCGGUGAUCUUUUCGCAAUAUAUGCCAAUGACCCGACGGCGACUGCAGAGCAUUUUUCAUGGUUGAAUCUAUCACCCGAUCACGAAGGCGAAUACGACUGCGCGGACUACCAGGACGACCUGGAACAAGAUCAUGUUGGCGCGGAGCAAGGCCGCGCUGAUCACAGUGGAGGAGGUACUUCUUUUGAAUUCGUUCUUCCGAGUAUACUGAUGUAACGAUCUGCUGCUUCUGCUAGGUAACAACUAUUACUAUUACAGCAAGAACAAAACAAUGUGAGUAGUUAAUGUCAACUCUUUUCCUAGAUGAAGAAGGAACGAUCGAUAGAACUAUGACCACUCGAUCCUAGAAUUACAAUUCCUGUUGCACUUGUUCGCAGCUGCUCCCCGCGCGCGCACAAGCUUUUCUUGGUUAGAGCGCAAGGUCUUUUUGAAGAGCCCUCUAGCUGAUGCCGUGUUGAGUAAAUUCGAGCGCGCGCACACCGACGAGCAGCGACUGCGCAUCGUGGACAACAUCGAAACCUGGAACGAGUACUUCAAUCAGGGUAACCGCGAGGCCUUGCUGGUAGACAUGCUGCAACUGUUAUCACAGCACCGAUACGAGCACGUGAAUUCAGCGGAAAAGCUGGAAGAGCGUAUGCGGUUGGCACGAAGCGAGGAGUUCUUCUGGAAAAACGUCAAAGACCGCCUUCAGGAAUACUCGACGUACCUCUAGAAAAACACUGGUGUUGGUCGUCGCUCACAAUUUCACCCACGACUUACCACGUCUUUUCUGGGAUAGCCAUAGAAGUACUCGUCACAGCAGCGGAUGGGGGAGAAAACGGAGGCUUUACUCGUCUUGCGAAAAUACUAUUCCUUCUCUCUUCUCCUCUCACAGAUAGCAGUGGACACUAACAAUGUAGCAGUAGCUGGCUUCUUUCGCAUCAUAUGCCGCAAGCAAAUAUGUAUAAAUAUGGUGAAGAUUUUUUUCGUUCUAGAAGCUUCUACUUCAUACCGAGAGCAACGAACUGCAUGAUAAUAUCAUUCCUGAAUUACAUACUGCAUUGUCUCAACAUAUGCUUAUUAUGAAUGUGUAUCCGUCUAAAUAAACAGUCUACUAAAAUAACAUAAUGACGUUUACUAGCUCUGCGGCAAGCAAUGUUCUUCUAUUUCUAACACAUAUUUUAAUAUAUCUUCAUGAUCAUCACUCAACAUUAACAUCUUCAUUUAUCCUCUAACUAUCCCAAAAACUAUUAACUUCGUCGGUUUGUUCUGAACAUGAACAAGACACUUAUGUCUAUGUGUUUUUCUGUCAUUUUCACGUCUUCCUUAUCAACAUACUUGCGCAUAAUAUGAGCAUCACACGCAUAUCUACGAAUGAUAGCCUCGCAUGAGCAGGGACGGGGUAAAGAUGCGAUAACUGUAGCGGUUGUGGAAAAAGUACAUGUUUAAGUCGAAAUUCUCGAUUUCGUCGUUGGUUUUCUUUCUUGCUCUGGAUUAUUGAACCUGAAAGUGAUUUAGGUACGUGUACAAAACUCAAAAUUACACUCAGCUGCCUUCAAAAAUUGCAUAAUUGCUCUUACUCUUAGUCAUAAUGAUUUCUUCGUAUUGCUUGAAUCCGAUCAACAACAUGAUAUCGUUAUGUAAAAUCCGUAGUUCAAAAUAUUCUCUCCAUCGAGAAGCUCGAGUUAUUGAUAUCCAUUCUCUUCAGAAUCUCUUGUACAGAUGAUCGUCGCAUGAAUAGAAAAACAAGGGUUGAGAAUAAAGUUAUAACUAUCUUGCGAGAAGACCACGAGAAGUGAUUCCUUGCUCGGUAACAUCCAUAGGCAUGUGAAUGCGUUGCAGGAUACACCAUGGAAAGCUGGAUCGUUUUUCUUCUAGCGUCUACAGCAGCAAAUCAUGAAAUGCGUGCUAUCCUUGCAUGAAGGUACUCAAGCGCAGUGAAUACCAGAAAGGUGCAUUGUGAUGCCCCGACAGGGUACAAGUUAGCCCUGGUACGGUACAAGUUGGAAGGAACCUACACAGGAUAGUACAGAGAGAAAUACUGCGUACUGAGUG